CUGCAUCUCUUUGUAUCUCUGCUGCUUGGCUGGGUGCAGGAAUGAGUGUGGCGGUGGUGCACAAAGGAUUCCUCAGGAAAUAUGGUGGCUUCAUGUUCAAACAAUGGAAGGAAAAGUACCUGGUGUUGACGGUGGAAGGGAAUCUGAUGGUGUGCCGAGAUGCAGACUCACCGCCGGACCAGGUGGUGGCGCUGCAGAGUAACUGUGAGUCCAUAGUGGAGGGUAAAGAAAUCUUGGAUUUGCCCCGUUUGCCUUCUGGAGGCCGCAGAGACAGCUGCUUCGCCCUUAUCCUGCCCCAAGACAAGUUCCUCCUCCCGCUCUCAGACAGUCCAGACGAGUGCACUCAAUGGCUGAAGUUACUCAGGAAGGUGAAAGAGGGUGUGACUUCACCACUCGCCCUGAAGAGACAGCAGAGCAUCACACCCUGCAUCACGGACAGAGAGCCGCUUCCAGACGUCUCCAGUGACAAAGACCCCUCGUCCCCGCACCUCAGCGACAAGGGCCUGAGCUCCCCGCUGGUCCGCUCCAGAGAAAACUCCUUCAGACACAGAGGCAGCAUAAAUGCAGCGGCCUCCCCACAGCCCCACCGCGGCUGUGCCCCUUCGCUCUGCAGACUGUCUGCGGCACGGAAACAGCAGCAAUGCCCGGGCCGUGAGAGCGGUCUGUCUGCUGAUGGGUGGAGCAGCCGCAUCCUCGGCGCUGGGAUACCUCAACUCCUGUCCAUCCGCCUCCUCCAACAUGGCCAUCCACGCUCCUGAAGUGACCCACUCCACAGCAUUAUCGGAGAUGGGGGGAGGCAGCUCUUACCAUGCCUGCAGCCAAGCCAUAGAGUCGCCACAUGUCAA